AUGUUACCGCCGGUCGAGCCAUCCGUCCUCCAGAACAAUCCACAGUUCGCCGAGCUGCAUCACGCCCUCACGACAGCGAUCCUGAACCUUGACGGCACAACCAGGAAACCCACGACUAAGGAGCAGACCUCGGCUCAGAAUGAACUCGCCGACCACAGGUUCAACGCCGCAAAGGAACAUCUUUUAAUCAGUGCAAUCUCCAACACCGCCCCUCCCGAGCCCAAAGCAGUGUCGGUGAGGAUAAUCACCCGCAGCAAAUCCGCCUCCCAGCCCGCCUCGGCGCCGCAACCGCAACAACUCCCCGACUCCCUCCUCGACCUCCUCCUCCUCCUCCCGCCACUACUCACGGCGACCACCGAGCCCCUCCCCGCCGACGCCCUGGCGAUCUUGCUCUCGAACCCGCCCUUCACCGAGUUCCAAGCCCUCCUCCCGCAGCUCGGCGAGCUUGUGUCGGCGACGCUGCACGCCUCGGCCGUCGCCCUCGCGCGCAUCGCGAACCCGACAACGAACCCCUCCUUCCUGCACCGCAACGUGCCGGCGCUGCAGACGACGUACCACCGGCUCGAGGCCGACGUGCGCGAGGCGAAGCACGCGCUGGCGCGGGAGCGAGUGCGCGUGGCGGGCAGCCUGACGGGGCUGUUGGACAAGUACGCCGGGGCGCUGACGCUGCUGGUGCGCGCGCUCGAGGCCAAGCACGGCGUCGUGGCGCGCAGCCUCGAGUUCCGGGCGGCGGAGGCGGGGCUGGAGGCGCAGAGGGCCGAGGCGGAUGCCGUCGCGGCGCGGGAGGGGGUCCGGCGGGAGGUGUACUCGCCCGAGAUGGCGGCGGCGCUGAAAAACUACUCGGCGCACCUGCGGGACGCGCGGAUGAGGCUCGAGGGCACGGUGGCGACGCUGCGCUCCGAGCUGGAGGGGUACGGCGUCGCGGGCGGGGGCGACGGAGGCAAGGAGAGGAUGCUGCGGGAGAUGGCGCGGAAGAAGCGGCAGCUCGAGAGGGAGCUGGAGGACGCGAGGAGGGACGUGGCACGGUUGGACAAGGCGUGA